UUAAGCAAGCAGGUUGGUUUGUGAAUACGUUUCAACACAACAAAAAAAAUUUAAAUAAAACAAAAAUAAACAUGGACCGUUGGCAAAAUAAAGUAGCUGUGGUAACCGGUGCCAGUUCCGGUAUUGGUGCUGCUAUAGUCAAAGACUUAGUCAAUGCUGGAUUAAUUGUUGUUGGUUUGGCACGUCGUGUGGAACGCGUUGAAGAACUGAAAGAACACGUGCCCAAAGAAAAACAACAAAAUUUACAUGCACGUCAAUGUGAUGUAUCGAAAGAGGAUUCGGUUAAUGAAGCAUUUGAUUGGAUCGAAAAGAAUCUAGGUGGUAUUGAUAUAUUAGUGAACAAUGCUGGUACUUCUAAACUAGGAAAUUUAUGUGAACUUGAAUCAAGUUUUGUGCAAAAUGUUCUACAGACCAAUGUUAUGGGCGUGGUAUAUUGUACUAAACGUGCAUUCAAAUCAAUGAAGGAACGUAACUUUAAUGGACAUGUUUUAAUAAUCAACAGUGUUUGUGGACAUUCAGUUUUAAAUACUACGAUUGCUAAGUCGCCAUCAAUUAAUAUAUACUCUGCAUCUAAAUAUGCUGUGACUGCUAUGACAGAAGUUUAUCGGCAAGAAUUUAACAACUUGGAAACCAAAGUGAAGAUCACAAGCAUUAGUCCUGGUUUGGUUUCAACUGAACUUGUUUCAGAUGGCUUAAAGCAGAGAAUGGCUGAUCGUAUAUUACAGCCCGAAGAUAUUUCUAAUGCAGUUUUAUUUGCUAUAUCAACACCGCCACAUGUACAAAUUCAUGAGCUGACCAUAAAGCCUGUCGGAGAAAUUUUUUAACCUUAGAAAAACCAAAUUUUUAAUAAUUUUGUGAAUAAAACUUUGAAAAGAUUUUGCGUAUUUA